AUGCUCAUGAAAAGGACAUUCCAAUUCCCCAGACUCCCAAUUGAAAUCCGUCUGCGGAUCUACGAGCUCGCGAACCAACCCCAAUUGGAACCACGAUGCGUCGAAAUAUGCAUACAUCCGACUACAGGUAUCCUCUACUCAAAAGCAGCACCUCCACCCCUCCUCCAUGUCAAUUCCGAGUCACGACAAGUGGUCUUGCGAAUCUACAAACCGUGGCUCCCCCAAUUCAAGGAUAGUGUUGCCCAUGCGCCGUAUGCCAGGUUGAGCAAGCUGUAUCCAACAGAGACGAUCUCUCGUUUACAGAACAUCUGCGUGCAUCUCGAGCAUGAUACCUUGUUUGUGCGCAUGGGUGCUGAACAUCUUUCCUCCAGCCUUCUUGGACCUGUCGAACAAUUGCAUCUGCGGCAGAUUGCAAUGGAAUCUAACCCUAAGAUGCCGCCCCCCUUCUUCUUUUGUUAUACUAUUUUCCCGGGAGCACUCACCGAAUCAUUGGUAAUGACUUCGACAAAACACGUCCAACUAUUGUCACAGUUACGGGAUUUGAGAGCCAUCAAGGUAUGUUAUAGCGGGCAUGAUGAGGCUUCACACCAGGAAAGGGAAUUUCUACUGAGAUUGUAUCCCCGGUCUCGAGCCCUUGCCGAGUAUGAGUGGAAAGUCCUUGAUCCAUUGACUUCAACCGUCGAGUCUCGGGGUUUAUUGACCUUGGAACAUGUGAAAUUGGAAGAGCUGCUACCACAACCUCCUAAAUAUGCCAAGCCAUGGACAUCCUACAAGCACCCAGUUGUUGGCACCACUGUUUUGUCCUCAGCUACUGAAUUACAAAUUCCCAACAAUCCUAAGCUGCCCUCGCCAUAG